GUCGACAGAGGGCGCCCGCGCGCGCAUUCAUCUUUAGCUUUAGCACACAGCUGCAGGGUUUGAAGGUGCUUUGAUGUCACAGUCGGCAUGAUGGUUUAAGGAGCGGCGGUGUCGUCUAGGUGGCCGCGCGGGUGAUGUUGCGCUGGACGGUGCACCUGGAGGGUGGCCCGCGGAGGGUGAAUCACGCGGCGGUGGCGGUCGGACACAAGGUCUACUCGUUUGGUGGGUACUGCUCUGGCGAGGACUACGAGACGCUGCGACAGAUCGAUGUUCACGUCUUCAAUACAGUGUCUCUCCGCUGGACGAAACUGCCGCCCGUGAGGACCGGAGGAAGGGAGCACACUCGUGAAGUGCCCUACAUGCGCUACGGGCACACUGCUGUCCCGGUGGAUGACAUCAUCUACAUCUGGGGGGGUCGCAAUGACACGGAGGGGGCGUGUAACGUUCUCUACGCUUUUGACGUUAACAGUCACAGGUGGUUCACACCGAAGAUUUGUGGGACAGUUCCUGGAGCGAGGGACGGACACUCGGCCUGUGUUCUGGGGAAGUCUAUGUACAUCUUUGGUGGAUACGAACAGCUGGCCGACUGUUUCUCUAAUGACAUUCACAAACUGAACACUACGAGUAUGUGCUGGUCACUAGUGAACGCCCGGGGCACACCGGCUCGCUGGAGAGACUUUCACUCCGCCACCAUCAUUGGCACAAAGAUGUUUGUGUUUGGAGGCCGAGCAGAUCGAUUCGGCCCGUUCCACUCCAACAACGAGAUCUAUUGCAAUAAAAUCAAAAUAUUCGACACGGAGACCAACUGCUGGCUCAACACGGCAUCUGCGCAGCUGCUGCCGGAGGGACGGAGAAGCCACUCGGCCUUUGCUCACAACGGAGAGUUGUACAUAUUUGGUGGUUAUAACGCCCGCCUGGACAGACACUUCAAUGACCUCUGGAAGUUUAAUCCAGAGGCGUUCUCCUGGAAGAAGGUUGAACCGAAGGGAAAAGGUCCGUGUCCCAGGAGGAGACAGUGCUGCUGUAUGGUCGGUGAUCGCAUCAUUCUGUUCGGAGGAACGAGUCCGUGUCCGGAGCAGGGAAUGGGUGACGAGUUUAACCUCAUGGAUCAUUCAGACCUCUACAUACUGGACUUCAGUCCUAAUUUGAAGACUUUAUGCAAACUAGCCGUUAUUCAGUACAGUCUGGAACAAUCUGGACUUCCUCAUGACAUCAGGUGAGAGUCACAGGUGGGAGCUGACGGCAAUGACCACCAACAGCACCAUCAGUCGACCCAUCUUCUCCUCUCACGGCUGAACCGCUGUUCCUCUGGACAAACGUCCCGCGCCAGAUGUUUUUCACACAUUCUGAAUCAGAAUUGAAGUCCGUCUUUGUGUCGGUGAAGACUCUGCGGAUGCUUCCGGUGAUCUGCUGCAGAUGAACGCUGCCGUGCUGAAGUCAAACUUUAAGUGUUCUGAGAUCUGCAGAACUGAUGAUGUUCAACUCGUUUCAUCUGUCACAGCUCAACAGACGAUCGUUCAUCAGUCACGUUCUUCUUUAAAGUGGAUUUGUGUUUUAAUAAUAAACAUCACUGAC